GCGCCCGGGCGGAGGCUGCGGCGGGAGCCGGCUGCGGGAGGCUGCGGGAGCCGCCGCGAUGGCAGAUGAGAUAAGCAAGGCGCAGACUGCCCAGCCCGGGGGAGACACCAUCUUCGGGAAAAUAAUUCGCAAGGAAAUCCCGGCCAAAAUCAUUUUUGAGGAUGACCGGUGUCUUGCUUUCCAUGAUGUUUCCCCACAAGCCCCAACUCAUUUCCUGGUGAUACCUAAGAAACCCAUUACCCAGAUAUCUGUUGCAGAAGAAGAAGAUGAAAAUCUUCUUGGACACUUAAUGAUUGUUGGCAAGAAAUGUGCAGCUGACCUGGGUCUGAAGAGAGGAUACCGAAUGGUGAUCAAUGAAGGUGCAGAUGGGGGGCAAUCUGUCUAUCAUAUCCAUCUGCAUGUCCUUGGAGGACGUCAAAUGCAAUGGCCUCCUGGAUAAAUUGUUGGAAUGAUUUGUUUUAUUUAGGGAGCAAGGCAGGUUUACAGCAUAUAUGUUAAGCUGAGUAUACUUAGUGUUUUCGGUGAAACAGGAAAUUGGGAAAUCACUUCAAAAUGUACACAAUAAAAGACAGUUAUCUGUUUCCUGUGCUUCUGAA